UCGCGAACAGCCGAAGAAAGUGCCCGCUACAUACCAAACGGUAAACACAACACAAGUAAAGCGCGCGUUGAGAUCACCGUGUUUAACCACAGUUCAUUCUCCUACAUCAUUUACUCGUAAUUGGAUAAAGCGGUUACACAUUUCUCAGUGAAGUGGCUUUGUUUCUAAACGGUUGAAGGGUUCAGCGAAAGUGUUAUCGUUAUCAGACGAUGUUGAAGUGAAAUUUGGACGGUGAACGAGUUGUUUCCGAUGUUUUCAAACGGUUACAUGUGGACGUGAAAGCAUAGAAAAUUAAGGAGACAACAUGAGUUCCCUGAUGACAGCGGCGGCGGACGCCAUCGCCGGCACGGCCAUAUCCGCAGGUAUGCAGAUGGCAUGGUUCGUCCCGAUGUUGGUGGCGACUAUAGCGUACUUCCAAUACGAACAGACCGACCCGGAGGGAAGGCCAGCAGACAUCGAGGAGUCUCGGAUGCUAGCGGAGUAUGACUUUAUCAUAGUGGGUGCUGGGUCUGCUGGGGCCGUGUUGGCGAACAGGCUCUCAGAAGUGGGCUACUGGAAGGUUCUACUCCUAGAAGCCGGGGGUCACGAGACAGAGAUAUCCGACGUCCCUCUCUUGGCCGGCUACCUGCAACACAGUCAGCUCGACUGGGCUUACAAGACGGAACCUCAUAAUGGAUUCUGUUUAGCAAUGAAAGAUGGCCGAUGCAACUGGCCGCGUGGAAAAGUUCUCGGUGGCAGUUCCGUUUUGAACUACAUGCUUUACUUACGAGGAAACAAGAAAGAUUACGACAUAUGGGAAUCCUUGGGCAACAAGGGAUGGGGGUACAAAGAUGUUCUUUACUACUUCAAGAAAUCAGAAGACAACCAGAACCCGUACUUGGCGCAAACACCUUAUCAUAGCACUGGUGGAUAUUUAACCGUGGCUGAAGCUCCUUACAGAACACCCUUGGCUACCAGUUUCAUCGAUGCCGGAGUAGAACUGGGAUACAUGAACAGAGAUAUCAACGGUGAAAAGCAAACGGGUUUCAUGGUAGCUCAAGGAACUACUCGACGAGGCAGUCGGUGCUCUACUUCCAAAGCGUUUUUAAGACCUGCCAAAAAUCGUCCGAGUCUCCACAUAUCCAUAAACUCAUUUGUGACAAAAGUCUUAAUCGACCCACGAACAAAAAUAGCGUUUGGUGUCGAAUUCGUUAAGAACAAAAUGAUCCACCGUAUUCGAGCCAGAAAGGAAGUAAUAUUGUCCGCAGGAUCUAUAAAUUCGCCUCAGCUGCUAAUGUUAUCUGGAAUAGGUCCCUCUGAAGAAUUAACGAAACACAGAAUACCAGUAAUACAAGAUUUGAAAGUCGGACAGAACUUGCAAGACCACGUCGCACUUGGCGGACUUACCUUUAUGAUUAACAAAGAUGUGGCUAUUGUUGAAAACCGUUUACAAUCAGUGAGCACCAUGAUGGAAUAUGCUGUUCUCGGAACUGGACCGCUGACUAUUUUGGGAGGAGUUGAAGGAUUAGCUUUUGUUAAUACCAAGUAUGCAAAUCAAACGGAUGAUUUUCCUGAUAUUGAAUUCCAUUUUGUUAGCGGUGCAACAAGUUCUGAUGGGGGUGCCCAGUUAAGGAAGAUUCAAGGAUUAACUGAAAAUUUCUACAAUGCUGUAUUUAGGCCGAUCAAUAAUAUGGACGUUUGGUCAAUCAUGCCUAUGUUGCUGCGACCUAAGAGCAAGGGUUACAUUCAGCUGCGGAGCGCAAACCCGUAUGACUAUCCUUAUAUUUACCCGAAUUACUUUACGGAUAAAGAGGAAGAGGAUAUAAAAACACUAGUUGAAGGCGUGAAAAUAGCAGUUGCUCUAUCCAGGACCAAGGCAUUCCAACGUUUCGGGUCCGUAUUAAAUCCUAAUGUUUUUCCUGCUUGUAGAGCGGUACCACGGUACAGUGAUAAGUACUGGGAGUGCAUGAUCAGACAGUUUACGGCGACGGUGUAUCAUCCAGUGGGGACAGCUAAAAUGGGGCCUUUCUGGGACUCUGAAGCCGUGGUGGACGAUGAGCUCCGAGUGUAUGGAGUGAAGGGCUUGCGCGUCAUCGACGGCAGUAUCAUGCCCGUGAUGGUGAGCGGCAACACCAACGCCCCCAUCAUAAUGAUAGGCGAAAAGGGAAGUGACAUGAUAAAAACGUUUUGGCUAAAACGAAGAAUAUCGCGAUACUACCACUGAUACCGAUUUUGUACAAUUUGCAGUUGAUCCCAGUAUUAUGUGUUUUUUUGACCAAUUUAAAUUUUUAAGAUUUCUUCUGACUGUCUGUAUAACUUAUUUAUUGAAUUAAAUUA